AUGGUCUUGUUCAUAGUCCAGAGCAAACUUGGAGAUCAAGAUUGGAGCGAAUGGAUAAAUAUAGGGACUAGUAUAAUAACUCCGAUUUUUUCUCUCAGGAGUAAAAACCUUCCUAAUAUGCGCAAGCUUUCACAUUGUUAUUAGAAUACCUUAAACCCUUCUCUUCGGUUUUGCUGAGCCAUCCCCAAUGGCGGCUGACUCUGGACAGCAAACCAUUACGAGUGUCAAGAGAAAAUUGAGUCUUCCGACUAAUCGAAAACUCUGUAAAGGUCAGAAAGUUGAGGUAAGGAGUAAUGAAGAUGGGUUCCUAGGCUCAUGGCACCCUGGAACAGUGGUUUCACUAGGAAUCUUAACUCGUCGGGUGAAAUAUGAUCACAUCUUAUGUGAAAAAGGAUUCAACAAUUUGGUUGAACGUGUGAAAGUUAGUCCCUUGAUUGAUGGGGUCAAACCUGCUGAGUGGGACCCAGAGCACUACCGCAGUAUGAUAAGGCCUUUGCCGCCGCCACUUCACAUUGUAAACAGGACUCUUCACUAUGGAGAAUGUGUCGAUUUCUUUUAUCAGGAUGCAUGGUGGGAAGGUGUGAUUUUCGAUCAUGAAGAUAGUUCUGAGAACCGGCAUGUAUUCUUUCCAGAUAUGGGUGAUGAAAUGACAGCCUGUGUAAACAAGCUUCGGAUCACUCAGGACUGGAAUGAGGUUUCUGAGGAAUGGAAGCUUCGUGGGAGUUGGAUCUUCCUUGAAUUGGUUGAGGAAGUGGCAAAAAAGAUUCCCCUUCUAGUCUCUUUGAAGCAAAUCUGGUAUGAAGUAAGGGAGAAGAGUGAGUUUAAGGACUGGACUUUUUCUGAUAGGAGCUAUUGGAGGGGAUUGGUUUCCUUAGUCCUAUUGGAUAAUUUUAAGCCUACCAUCACACACUUUUUUAGUCUAUUGGAAUCUUCACAAGGGUUUCUUCAGGAAGGACAAUCAUUUGACUUUUCUCAACAACUUCUUAAUGAUCUAUUGGAUUCUGUAGAUUUUACUGAUGACUCUCUUUCCCUCAAUCUUCCCAGGAUAUUUCCUUAUAACAUCUGUGCUUCCAAUGUUCAAGAAACUCUUGCCAAGGAAAUUGCUCCUAAGGAUUUUGCUCCAACCAUAGAUAAUGGUAGAGAAGUUCAUUGUAAAAGUUCUGAAGUGUCUGUUGAUAAAAUUAAACAUUCCAAAAGGAGAACCAAAUUGAAGUGGUCUCCCAUUGACCUUGAAGCCCAGUAUUUGCCUGAAGCAGUGGCAGAAUUUAAAAAGUUAUAUCUGUCAGGUUGUAAAGCUCCAGAUGAAGUAAAUGAGAAUGUAAGAAAACAUCUUUUACAUAUAGGCUGGACGGUUGAGUUUGCAAUUGACAAGAAGAGUACUAGGUUCCGCUACAUUCCACCUUCCGGACCUUCAUUUAUGUCACUUGCACAAAUUUUCAAGGAGAUGGACAUAGAGUCACAUGACACUCUUUCAGAAUACAGAGGAGCCCAAACAAAGUGGUCUCCCAUUCCCCUUCAACCCAAGCUUUUCCCUGAAGAAGUGGCAGAAUUCAAAAGGUUUUCUCUGUCGAAUGUCCGACAUCGGAAAGAUCUUUAUCCUAAAUUAAGGAGACAUCUUCUGGGUCUGGGAUGGAAAAUCGACCAUGCAGUUGGUAUGUCUAAGUCUAAGAUGCGGUAUGUUUCACCUUCCGGGACUUCAGUAUACACACUUUUAGAUAUUUUUAAGGAUCAUCAGGAGACUCUCUCUGUGUUCCCCCUGCAUGACCAAAGAAGUGAAGAUGGCAAAGAAGAACGGUCUCGCCCUUCUACGGAUGAAGACAUUAUUAUUGCCCCUGAGUGCUGUCCUCAGGCAGUGAAUGACUAUGUACUCAUUAUGUCUCCAGACCCACUAUCCAGAAAAUGUAAGAAAACAAUCAAUGCGAUUGCAGAUAAAGCUAAAAAGCAUUUAGUUUUCAGCAAUUGGAAAAUCUAUGCAGUUUGUAAAGGCAUUGAUAAGAAGGAAGUUCGAUAUAUGUCUCCUGACGGAAGAAUAUUCUACUCACUUGUAACUGCUUGCAGACACUAUCUCAAGGAGAACACAUGUUCUGCCAGUGAUGCAUCUUGCCCCAGGGGGCAAAGCGAGUCUACACAUGUUGAUGUGGACCAUGUUCAGCCAGGUCAUAGUGAAGUGCAAAGGAAGAGGAAGUUGAGGGAAUUAAUUAGGGGAGAAGAUGUCGCCAAAGGUUCUCAUUCCGCAAGUCGUGUGCUAAGAUCAUAUAAAAGAGCUAGGCAGGUGGGUCCCUCUUCCUCUCACCAAACGCCUCGUAGUGUUUUGUCUUGGUUGGUAGAGAAUAAUGUGGUUCCGUCUGGCACAAGAGUACAAUAUCGUGAAAGGGAGGAUAGUCGUCCGAAGAGGGAGGGGCUAAUUAGUAACUCUGGAAUCAAAUGCCAUUGCUGCCAGGAGAUUUAUGGACUCAGUAAAUUUGGAGCUCAUGCGGGAAGCAGUGAUCAUUGCCCUUCAAGAAAUAUCUUUUUGGACGAUGGAAGGUCGCUUCUAGAUUGCCAAGUCGAGAUGAAACAUAAACUUUGUGCAAAGAAGAAAGAACCAAAGAUAAAGAAAGGGAGUCAGCACAACAAAAUUAAUGACUAUAUAUGCUCCAUCUGUCAUGAUGGCGGUCAACUAAUCCUAUGUGACACGUGUCCAUCAUCAUUUCAUACAGGCUGCCUGGGAAUUGAGGAGCUUCCAGAAGGUGAUUGGUUUUGCCCAUUUUGCUGCUGUGGAAUCUGUGGUCAGAGCAAAGAUUUACUUGCAGAUAAUAAUGCUAUCAACUGUUCUCAAUGCGAGCAUCAAUAUCACGUUGGAUGUGUCAGAAAUAAUGGUCUUCCAAAGAAUGAUAGCUAUCCCGAAGGAUAUUGGUUUUGCAAUACAAGAUGCCAACAGAUAUUUCUGGGUCUUCAUAAACUUUUGGGAAAACCAAUUCAUUUGGGGACUAAUGACCUGUCUUGGACAUUGUUGAAAUACAAAGAAACAGACAAAUCUUCCCUUGAUGCUCCAGAAGAUGAGGUUUCAAUAGAGAAUUAUAGCAAGCUUAAUGUUGCCCUUGGGGUGAUGCAUGAAUGUUUUGAGCCUAUUAAAGAAUCUCGAACUGGGAGAGAUCUCAUGGAAGAUAUUGUUUUUAAUAGAUGGUCUGAACUUAGUCGUUUGAAUUUUCAAGGAUUCUAUACUGUCCUUUUGGAGAGAAAUGAUGAGCUCAUUACAGUGGCUACUCUAAGGGUUCAUGGAGAAAAGUUAGCUGAGGUUCCAUUUAUCGCCACCCGUUUUCAAUAUCGCCGGCUUGGAAUGUGUAAAAUUUUGAUGAAUGUACUAGAGAAGAAACUAAAUGAAUUAGGAGUAGAGAGGCUAGUUUUGCCAGCUGCUAAAAGUGUAUUAGACACAUGGACAAGCUCAUUUGGAUUCUCCGUAAUACAAGAGUCAGAGAGGUUGGACUUCUUGGAUUUCAGUAUACUUAAUUUUCACGGAACAGUCAUGUGCCAGAAACUCUUGGCAAGAAAAUACAUGGAGUUGACUGUCUUUACAGGUUCCACCCAACACAUUUUCGGCACAGUCGAUAAGUACAGUUCUGAGGUGGAUGGGACAAGCCCUGUUUCUGAGGUCGUUCAAGCUGACCAAAAUCACAGGAGUGUCAUCAUGGAUCAAGGACCAGUCGAUACGCCGGGAGGAACCCUUACCAGCAGCAAAAUCAACCAAGCUCCCCUACUUCUUAUGUUGAAACAAACUGCUGAUGCUCCCGAUCGAAAAGAUGGUAACACAGAGGAGGUUGGUUUUCUUAAAUGCUACAAGCGGAGGAAGAGACUCUUAUCUGUUGAAGCCCAAGUGUUUGUUCAUGGAGAGGUAACUGAUGGUUAAGCAGCUGGUUAUUUAUUGAGAAGGGACCAUCCAAUAUAAAAAUUCUGAGUCUGAUAUUUUUCUCCUAGCUUUCAAAUUGUAAAUGGUGUAGUUUAUGAGAGGAACAAUAAGAGAUCUAUGGCUGCCUCUCCAAGACCCAAGUCUAUGUUUUGUGUAGUGUACAGUUUAGGUAGUUGGGGUGUAUUCCUUCAGCAGUUCAGCCUAUAAUCUUUUGG